CUUUUGCUGGUUUUUCGAGGAAGCCACGCGAGUCUUUCCUGGUUUCAGGCAGACAGCGAAAACACGACGGAAUUCCUUUCUUCUCCACAAAAACUUCCUCUGGGCGUCUCUACACACCGGAGUGUCGGGGAGGAGGAAAACGGGCGCCGCGCGCUUCUGGAAAGCGAAAGAGAAGAAUGCGAGUUUUCUCGAAGGAACACUCGGCACCUUCUUCGACUUUUCCUCAGUCGUCUUCGUCGCAAAAAACACGAAUGCUCCGUUCUCUGUGUCCCCGACUUCCUGGUGUAUGUACACCUCAAGACUGCCGUUUGCGCGAAACACGCGAAGCACCAGUGAAUUUUUGGACUGCGCAGCAAAACGCGUGCGUUCUUCGCUUCUUUCCCUUUCUUUCUUCCUUUCCCCUCGUCCUCCUUCUUUCUCGGCUUUCUUCUUCUCUCCGCGCGAGCGAAAGGGGGAUUUGUACACCCUCUGGCCCACCUUGCGCAGACGUUGUCUACGCAGUCCAAGGCGCUUCUCCUCUUGGAACUGAGAGAGCUACGUGGCAGACGCGGAAUUCUGAAAGCAUCCUUCAUUGGUUUCUCCCUCCGUUUCCUUCUCCGUACAUCUGUCGUGUUCUCUGUGUCUGCUUUGAGACUAUCAGUGGUGCUUGACAAGCCGCUGCCCUCUCCUCCUCCUCCUCUGGCUUGGCUGUUGCAUUUGGCUGCAUGCGGUUUGCUCCUCCAGGGAAACUCUGUCUCUGUCGUUUCUCGCGUCUCUCGCCUGCGUUCUUCACUCUCUUGCCUCCUCUACUCUUCCUCUCUUUGCCUUCUGAGCCUUCCUUGGUCCUCUCCAUCCGCUCUCGUCUUCCUCCCCGCUCUUCAUCCUCUCUUGCCUUCUUCGCAUCUCCUCCCGGUCUCCUUCUGCUGUCUUCAGCCGUAUUCUUCGUCUCCGUCUGCCCGGCAGCAGCUGCUGCAUCAGAGACGCGCCACCUUCUUCACUCCGCCUCGUUCGUUUUCCUCCUCGCUUCCUCUUCUCUCGUCGCGUCUCUGUCGCGUCUGCUUCGCCGUCUCCUUCCCCAGUUCUCCUUAUCAUUGCUCUCCUCUUCCCUUUCCUUGUCUUCUCCUUCUCUGCUUUUCUGACAACAUGGGGAACGAAGUGGCAUCUCACCAAGGCGCCUCCGUGUCUCCCUCUCACGCUGUCAGAGGCCUCGAGAGAAGCGAGAAGGGUGAUCAGAGACAGGACGGCGCUGGGCUCGACUUCCAUCCGUUCCUUCUUCCGCGAAGGACCAUGCCCUGUUCGACGCGGUCGUCGCUCUGCUCCGCGGAGCUUCCAGCUGCGGCGGCGGUUCUGAAUGGUCAAUAUCCGUUUCUUCUUUUUGCUUCCGCCGAUCACCUCAUCCCCCUCGAAGCGGCGGUCGCGAAUUCUCUGUCCUCCUCUGCCUGCGCGUCCACCGCCUCUUCCUCUUCCAAAGACAAUACGAGGAAGAAAGAGCAGCGGAAAAAGGGAGGAGAACGUGGAGAGGCAGGAGAACACGGAGGAGAGGGAGAAGAGAAUCCACUGUUGUCUCUGUUGUCGUUCGAUGGGUCGGGAUCGUUUCCUCGCACAGAAGCGGCACUGGACGUUUCGACGUACAACGUAGCGUUGCUGCGCGAGGCGCUUCGCGCUGGCCCUCAGGGUCGCACAGGCCGGGAGAAAGGAGACAGUCUCCUCGCCUGGCCUUCACCGUUCCCCGCGUUCCUGCCGCCAGGCCGCGCCAUCGACACGAAUCAACUUUUCGUCGCGUACGCCGUCAAGGGAGGCGUCCGAGUCAUGCCCAUCGUCGGCAGCGCAGACGGUGGAGUCGAGGAAACCUACAAGGCUCCGCUGUACGUACCGCCGACUCUGAGUGCGGGACCGCCGCAGGCAAAACCUUCGGCGGUCUCCGUUGCUUUGUAUCAAGGGACGAAACCUCAGUUUCUGCUGGUCUCUGACUCAAACAAUCUCGUCUCCAUCUUCAAGCUGGCGCCUCCAGUUUCUGCCGGCUCAAGAGGCUCGUCUGGUGGGGCCUCGUCGUUCCUCCUUCUUCAGCUGCCCAAGCCGGAAGAACCGCUCGCGCAGGUGUCUUCAGCCGGUGCAGCUAGCCAGAGUGUCUCUUCAGCUAGCCAGAGUAUGUCUCCGAUUUACGUGGCGUGGGUUCCGCCUGCCGCAGGGGGCUUGCAGGAGGAGGCUGCUCAGCCUGGGCGCGAGCAGAGUUGCGGCCUCGGUAGCACGGACGUUUACUUCGUCACAGUCCAGAGACACCAAGUGAUUCUCUGGAGUCUUCCCGUCUUGCGGAGCUACUGCAUCUCGAAAAACAUCAAGUUCGAUGAACAACCGCUCCUGGUCGACGACGCCGUGGUGAGCUGCUGCGCGUGUGUCCUGCCCCUGCGGGACGCGUGGGCGUCUGCGUCGGAGCUGGAGAAGCUCCGAGGGGAGUCUUCGCUGUCGCACGCCGGCUCCGGUUUCUCUUCCUUCUUCGCGUCCCCCGCGCUGCCUUCCGACAACUUGCCGCUCUUCGCGCUCCCUCCCUCCUCCUCCUUCUCCUUCUCCUCACCCUUCCUCAAACGACCCGCAGCGAGUCAACACCCAGGCCUCUUCGCAGACGGUCGCCUCUCCGAAGCCGAGACGCUGUCUGUCCAAGCGGUCUCGUUCUGUCCAGCGUCUCGCUCGGUCCUCGUCGCGUUCAACCGACGGUGCGUCGCUGCCUGGCGCAUUGAGCCGUCGCACAACAAGGUUCCGCGGAUUUCGUUGAUCGGCGCUCAGUUCGUUCCCCGCUCUCCGGUGCCUCCCGGAAUGAGUCAAGUGGCGGCAUCGGUGUUAGGACGACCUCUGCCUGGUCUGUCCGAGGCAGACGCUUCUGCCUCUGCUGGACCUUCAGGGAUGGGGGCGCCUUCGGUCGCGCCGCAGAACGAAAAGGCGUUCAAUCCGUUCGACGCAUUUCUCGUCCAAGCUGCUUCAGCGUCCUCGGCGGGCAGCGGCAGUUGCGAGGCGAAGAAGCCUGAAGAAAAGGAGACCCGCGACACGCAGGGCGAGGAACUCCUGUCGACUCUCACGGCCAUCACCUCGCUGAACGUCCUGUACGCAACGGUGUAUCCGCGCGAAGAGGAGGGCGGAGAAACGAGCACAGGACAGAGCGAAGGCGUCAAGGAGAAGACACUGGAGGCGGACAAACAGGUGGAGACAGGUCCGACGGAGGACAGAGGUCGGCAAAUGCCGUUUCUCCUCGUCGGCACAGCAAACAAUUCGUGUCUGCGCGUCUUCCCUCUCUUUCUCUCGCGCCAAGACUUGAGUGCGAAUCCCUUCUUCCCUUCUCAAAGGCCGCUGCCUCUCCUCUUCGGCUCAGCUGUACAGACACUGCGCCUCGACGCCGCGGCCGCGCCGAACGGGAGCCGUACAGCCUGCGUCGGGGCCGGCGAGGACAAAGCGGCAAGGCCUUCGACGGCAGGCGUCUUGUCCGAACUGCCUUGGGCGUUUGUGCGCGUCGACGCCGCGAGACACGCGGUCCUCUGGAGUGUGGCAGGCUGUGGAGCCCCGCAGCGCCUUACUCGCGAGGCGGCGACGCCGGAGGCGCCCGGCGGCCAGCAGGCGGGAGAGGGGAAGCCGAGCGGCGACGCGGAAAGGCGAGAUGGGGAGGCUCCGGCCUGCGACGUCCUGCAAGCAGACGGCCGGGCGGGGCCUCCGGACUCAGCCAGAGAAGGUGACAGCAGCAAAGACUCGUUCGUCUUUGUCUUGGAGGUGAACCAGCGAAUGCUGCACAGGACGGAGGGGAGGGCAGAGAGCGCGUCGGAGCGCGAUGGGGGAGAGGAGGAGAAGGCAAGCCUCGUCCACAGAGCUGCGCAUUUGCCGCUGCCUUCGAUGCUCGUCCUCCCGUCUCAGUUCCCCGUGAAAAACAUCUCCUCGGUGUUCUCUCUGUACUCGGCGUCGGGCACCGGGGCUCGCACCGGCCGGCGCCGGAGCGUCUCCGGAAAGUCCUCGCCUUCUCUGUCCUUCGCCUCCUCUUCGGACUUCGAGGCCGUCGAAACGCUCGGCGCAGGAGAAGUCGCUCUCUACAGCUUCUUCGUCAAGCAGGCAGACAAAAAACACGAAGGCGGCAAGUACGACCUCGUCCAAGGCCACUCGCACCGCACUCUCCAGCAGCUGUACAGACACCCAAGCAUCCAGUGGGCGUCUCUCGACGCCUUCGCCCUCCCUGCAGCCGCCCACCUCACAAGCACUGCGGACGCUGCCGCGCUCGUCGAAGAAAGGCGGCGAAGAGCAGGAAGCCCCCGACUCAGCCAAGACGAUGUCAACCGCAAGGACGACGAAAAGAAGGAAACGAAGAAGCAGGAAGAGCACAAGCAGGAGCAUGGCAUUGAAGGAGAGAGGGAGUCACGCAGCGCCUCAUCUUCGUCGCUGGUUGAGCAGGUGGCGAACGCGUCGAGGUCAGGUAUCGGUGGCGAUAGAGAAAAGAAGAGCGAGGCUCUGGUGAGACCCGCAGCUGUCUCCGCGCCGCCGCUUGCAAGUCAAGCUGGAGCCUCUGGAGUCAGCGCCACGCCUCGGUCGAAGGAGGAGGCUUCUCGGGAGAUCCUCAUGAGGCUGUUGGGCAAGACGGCGCUGCCGAAUCUUUCCUCUUCAUCCGCUUCCUCUCCCCCUGCUCCAGGUGCUGUGUCUCUCUCUUCAGCGCCUGUCUCCGCCCCGGACUGUGGGGCAGGAGCCGAGCCCGAAGAGACACGAGCGAGAGGCGCAGAGAACAAGGCUCGAGAAGGCAAGGAGACAGGUUCGUCUCUGGACGCCGUCCCCUCGACUGCAUUCGGCAAGGAGGACUCCAGCGCGCUGUUCGCCGAGAAGAAGGAAGGGAAGGAGAAAGAAAGCAAGCGGCAGGAGGCAGCGAGGAAAGAAGGUUCCACGGCGAGGAAUUCGUCGGGAGGGAAAGAGGCGGAGGAGAAGCAAGCCGGUGGGUGUCAGGCGUCGCCAGUUCUCGCCGCUCAGCCCCUGACGACAGCAGGAGAGAAAGACGCGUUCGACAGAGAGGGAGAGCGAAGUGGCAGUGCCAAGCGUGCAGCGCACAAGAAAGCCAGGGGAGAGGAGAGAGGACAAGAGAAAUGCGCCGCGCAUGCAUACAAGCAAACCCCCGAGACGAAACCCUGUGGAGGCGAAGACUUCACCGAGUUGACUCGGCCUUCCUUCGCUUCUUUGGAGGCCUCCGUUCUUGAGAUCCUUGCCCUCCUCAAAGCCGGCGGGAACCAGAAGCAGGCACGAAGUGAAGAAGGCCUGUUGGCUUUUGCGCAGGCAAGCGGCAGCCAUUCCGAGACAACAGAGAAGGACGAAACAGUCAAGAAGGCAGUGGACGAGGCUCUCCGGCGGCUUAUCCGCGCUGUGGAAGACGGCCUUCUCAAGUCUCUGGCCCCCGAGCUGGCGGCGCAGGUUGCAGCCUCUCUCGUCUCCUCGGGUGCACUCCCGUCGGAGGCGCUGCGUCUGCAGAAUCAAGGCGCGAAGAGCGAGGACCCCAUGGGCAGUGAGAAGCAAAAGGAAAUGCUCAGGGCUGUGCUCGCCCCCGUAGUCAGUGCAGAACUUGGAAGUCUCUUCUCGGAGCAUGUCGUCCCUGGUCUCAAAGAAGCGGUUCGCGCAGGCCUCGCAGAUGUCAAAGCUGUGGUGGCAACUAAACUGGCCGAGGUUCGGCGGCUUUCGGCUGCGGAGGUCGCGGCAGUGGAUCGCAGCAUCCAGCAAGUUCACGGAAGUCUGCAGCAGAGUUUUCAGCGCAUGCAGAAGCAGCUCGAAUGCCAGGCGCCCCUCCAGCGACAAAACAGCCUCAGCGCCGAGACGGUCGACUCUAUGAGGCAGAACUUGGCCGCUCUCGAGGAAGGCCUCAAGGCGCAGUCCGAGGCUGUGAUGAAGGCCGUCGAGGGCGUUUCUCAAACGCUCGUUGCCUUGCAGAGGCAGCAGAGCCAAUACCAGACGCAAGUGACCCAGCAGCUUCAGCAGCAGCAGCGAGAACUGCAGGCGCAGAAGCAAAAGGUGGAACAAGUCCCUCAGGCGUUCCGACAGCUGCGCGCGGAUUUCCGUGCCGAUUUGAGCAAAACCGAGCAAACGCUGAAGGAGCGCUCGGAGGCUCUCGCGGCCUCUGCUGCGGCUGCUGCGGUCUCCGCUGCUUUGGGCUCCAGUCCCCAUGCGCCCGGCGCUGCGGCCGCAUUGGGCUCCACGACCGUGGUCGCGGCCGCAGCGGCUGGGGCGGGGCCUAGCGGCAGCCGAAGCGAGACAGGAGGGGAUGUUGGAGGCGCAGGAGAAAGGGGCGAGAGUGGCCGGACGCGCAGAGAAGAAAGCGAAGAAGAGAAGCUGAAGAAGCGGCUUCUCCACUGUCUCCAGACGCAAAACUUCGAGGAGGCCUUCUCGCUGUCAAUCGCCGCAGAUCUCCAACAGUCCACCGGAGGCUGUUGGCUUUUGUCCAUCUGCUCUUACUUCUCGCCCUCCCAGUUCUUCGAGAGAGAUCCCCUUCCUAUAGGGCAGCCUGCGUUGCUGGGGACGGUGAAGAUUCUGUCGGAGGGCCUGAAGGCGGACCUGCGCGAGCGGAAGCGGGCGGCAGUGGAGCAGCGCGUCGCGUGGAUUUCCGAGGCUCUCUUUCAAGUAGACGGACCGAUGCCGCAGAUUGGACGCUCCGACUUCCUUGACCUGGUCGACGAGUUCAGAACGAAUCUCACUUGGGCUCAACAGCAUGUCCAGAAGGAAGGCGACCGCGAUCGUUUCACGCAGCCCAUCGAAGAGGGCCUUGCCCUCUCUCUCAAGCAACUGAAGAGAUUGCAGCGAACAGCUGAAGCCUCCCGUGCAUCCUGAAAGCGCCCUCCCUCUUCCGGCCGUUUUCCUACUCCCUGCAAUCUUCUUGUUGCGAUUCACAAAAAUGUUCUCGAUCCGAUAAAGUGCCCCACUGUCUUUGCUGGAAUUGCCAUUGUCUCUGUGUGUGUUUUUCUUCCCCAUGUCGGCCAGAAGUGACCUUAUGUGCAUACAGCCACCGGCGAUCAGUAUAUCCCGGUAUCUACAUCUGGAUGUUUAUGUAUUCCGAGGGCGUUCGUGUAUAUUUAUCUAUUUGAAUGUAUGUGUGCGGUGAGGGUGGGGUAUGUGUGGUCGAGUUCAGCCGCUUUUGGGCUGUGGAUCGUGGGAGCGGGUCUAAGGGCGCUGUGGUGUCUCGGAAGGAGAGGUUUUGCAUGCAGUUCGUGAACGGUUUGCCUUCAGAGAAGACACAGAAAAGCGACCGAUUUUACUGUUCUGGCUGCAUUUUUCCCUGCUGACAAGGAACCGAUUUCAAACCAAUCUUCAUGCGCGCAUGCAAAGGCACACAUCCCUAUUGCGUGCUUAGCCAAAGCUGCACACACACACACAGCGAGCAUACACACAUGCGUCCCAAAACAUUCAUACUUACACGUACAUAUAGGGGACUCUUCGUCGGACGAAAACAGCGUCGCUGUCCGUCUAUACACGUUGCUGACCAAACAGAAUACCGACGGGGCACGAGCUCGAAGGGGCACUCGAGUUCUGACGUUCUCGGAAUGCGUGCACCGUGAUCCCCACGUGGAGAUCCUAAAACCUUCUGUAGGCAUAUACGAAGUCUGUCGGGUGGAAUGACAGCUGUCUACGCAGGAGAACGCGAAUCGAUUUCCAUUUCGCUUUGCUUUUAUGUCGUUUCCGGACCGCACUGCUUCUCUAGCAAGGUUCGUGCACCGUCUGGCCCUGAUGCCAGUCAGCUGCUUCGACGACGACGAUAUGUACCGAGACAGAGUCUCCUCCACACAAGAACCGAAGGUCCUACUCUCUCUAGCCCGUAUCAGAAGUACAUGCAGGUGCCUUAACACAGAGAUGUCUUUCAAUGUGAGCAACCUCGUCUGUUUAUACAAGAAUUGCAAGUUGAAUUGAGAGAACGUUCUCACUGCUGCGGUCGCCACGUGUGCUGAGGAUAGGAGAUACAAGAACGAGCAAGACUUGCGGUGUUGUGGAGACGCGUGUACGGUCCAGAGCCAAUCUUUUAUUCUUCCCGUGUUAUGCGUUGCAGUCCUUUUGGGGGCAUCGGCAUGCGUCACGUUCAAGUCCGUCGAUACGGAAAAAAAAGUAUCCACUUUGCCGAGAAGGCAGCCUACGUCGUGGAAUGACCUAUUCAACCGGGACUUUCAGAUCCGCGCCUCUGACUUGCAAUCCUUCCAAGAGAAGAGACAACUCCCCCUAUGAUCACGUGGCACCCGCAAGCUUCGACACAUCCGAGCUGUCGUCGGCAGAUGGCACCCCAUAGAAAGCGUGUGCGGAUGUCAAAUGUCUGCUGAGGCAAGAAAAACGUCGGGGCUCCCGCGUGGGCAUAAGAGCGGAAGAAUCGUUUCAGAGCUUUCCCAAGCUCCAGUAAAUAAGUGAGAACCCAGACUGACGAUUCUCAGCCACGCGACAAGCAGAACGAUGGGCAAGUCCGGUGAGAAAGAAGCAUGCCCGGCUGCACUGCCCGAAGAGCGAGCGCUUGCCGAAACACGAAGUUCUCAGUAUCCGCACAUCUCCAGCUUGUGCACAGGACUUCCACGCUUCCUAACUGCUCAGUAGAAAGGUCCUUUGCCGCCGGGAGAGGACACACACCUGCUUAACCUUGCUCUCCGUCCUCUCAUUUUUUCGAAACUCCCCAGUUACCCAACCCCACUGUACUCCCCGUAGUGACUCAUAUGUCUCUUUCUGUGUUCUUCCUUCGCAAGAGGAGAAAAGCGUACGCUUCUAGAGGGCUGCAAAUGGGGCGCGAGCGCAGGCGUCUCGGCGGCACCUUGCUUACUGUGUAUGAGGAUGGACCAAGUAGGGAUUAAAUUGGACAUACGGGUUGCACAGGAGCAUCUAUUUUUUCGUAACAUAUACCCAUUAAAGGAGAGGGAUAUGUGUUUACCAAGGACAAGAACCACUUUUAUGAGCCGCAUGGCGUGUGCGAGCGUCCGGUGGGAUGCGGUUUGUCGAGCCGGCGGAUGCAGAGUCUUCAGGGUAGGUGGGCCACGAGUGUUGGGUACGUGCUCGAAUUCUUGUAUGUCACCGUGGACGACGGGGCGCGCGGGAGACACGAACCGUGCGAGUGGCGGACAGCGUUGUGGCCGCAUGAGGCGCACUAGCCUCGCUUCCGACGGGACAUUCAGGAAGCGUCUGUAGGGAUACGGUGUAAGUUACCAUGCGGGGAGGGGGCAUACGAGUGAGGAGGCGGUCUGAGAAGAGCAGGUGACAGAGCAAUAGGGUGGACGCCUCCAGUGGUGAGCCGGCAUGUGUGAAGGGGAACGGCACGGCCCUCUUUUCAGCAUGUCAGUUGGAAUAUCAGUGGGCAAGAACGUAGAGGAUAGAACAUGCAGAGUGAACCAGCGGUUGCUGCGAGACUGUUCCAAACAGGGUGCCGUUUGUGUGGUCUCCAGGUUGUCUUGUCGCGGCAUUGUGCACUGCAGAUGUGGAUUGUGGUUGGAGGGAAGAUGGUGGUUGGCCAAGUUGGUGAUGUGAAAAGUUCCGUUGUGACGUUGUCAUAUAGUUCAACCACAAGGAACGGGAAAGCGGGCGGUCUGUAGAGAUUUUCGGGUUAUUGCCCCAGCGUGGGCAUUUUGGACAGGUAGAUGUUGGUACGAGGGCCCCAACACCAGGGCGCCACACACUGUGAUGUUGCCGUGACACCACGUUCUGUGUUUGCGUCGAAAGAACUCUACGGCGUGGCAUCGAGAACUUGAGGCUCGAAAGGCCUCCGUUGCGCGUGCCGACAGCAGGAAAUAAGGCGAGUGUGACUUAUUGGUGGCAGGUGAGGAAUGGAAAGGCGUCGGGGAAGCAGUGUCGGGCUCAGGGACAAGUGUUGGCACGAGGAGUGGAGUCGAGCCAAUCGUCCGGUGACAGUUGCAGGCGAAAAACUGAGAGGACCCGAACCGAUUUUGUGUCUGAAUGACUACCGCGUUAGCAACGUCGCCGCUUCAGCGAGACGAGCGAUACCGUGGAGGCAAUAUGGCGUAUGUCUCUGCCAGAGCUCACCAGUGAUUAUUCCUACGCAGUCUUGAGGUGUUUACUCAUGAGGACUCAUGAGGAGGGGUUCCCGACGAAGGCGUCAGCUUGGCCAAGGGUAAGAGGACGAGCUUGAUAACCAAAUUCGAGGUGUCGAUACGUGUUUUGUGUUCGCAGCGAUACGAAAGCUGAGACGGUGGAGACGAGACCACCUGGUCACAGAAACUAUCGUGGAAUCUCGAGCUGCAUGCUUGUCUUCCCUGCGAGUGUCCGUAUUUCGUGACAUGAACUAUUAUGCCAUCGUGAUGAGUUCCAACAUCUGUACAGUCUGCUGCAUGGUCAGAAGGGGCGCCGCUUUGUGCCGAUCGCUCCGAGGCGCUGUAACUGGCAGAAGUGUGUGUUCUGCAAGAGUCGCUGUCACGUGCAGCGUUGAGCAAAUAUGAGAACAGAUAAUGUUAGGUUCCCCUCACGGCAGCGGGUGCUACUUCUCACCACGGACACCCCGAUACGGAUCGCCCCUCUGGAAAUUUAAAGUGAGACGAUGAGGCACCUUAAUCAUAUCUUUGUUGAUUUACUGUUUCCGCGUUCUUUGUUGCCUUCGACCUACAUCAUCUAUCGUAGGAGUGCCGCAGUUUCUUGCGGGAUAGGCACCAGUAGACAUCGAAAUGAAUCAAAAUAACGUGGAAUCUGCUGUCGAAGCCGGAGGACGCCACUUUUAUGGUUUCAAGAUGCCACGCGAGUCCAGGGAAUACCACAUCAGACGCUACAGGAAAGCCAAGCGUCUUUGUGGUUUUUCUUGUUAUGGUCGAUGAUCGACGAAGUGGUGCCCAGAGCGAAUGAUGUGCAUUUUCGUGGAUGGUGAUGAUGGCCGCUGGCGUCCCCUGCUAUGCAUCGAUACUUAUGUCGGUGACUUGCUGUAGUUGCGUGUGGAUGACAGUGCUUCUCUCAUCAUUCCUAUGGGCACUUUUUCCGGCGAGGCACCUGUUCUCGUGUGACGUAGCAUUACGUGGGAUCAGAUACAUUGCUUGAAGCAUGUGGCCGAGCAACAACCACCACAUGGCAUGCUGACGGCUAUCCAAUACAA